UGAAGGUGACGAAAGUCCGGCAAUGCAAUGCGCCCGUCAAUUCCAAAGCGGCGACCAAGUCUUGGCAUUCGGUCCAAACACGUCGCCCGUUUACAUACUCAUCGAUCUUCAUGACAACUCCGGUUCACCCCAGCUUUGAUUUCGAAUUCCCUCUGCUCAUCCUUCGCCGUCGUUCUAUUGCUCCGCUGUGCGGAACUCUGUAAGAUGCGGUGGUGUCUUUCCUUACUGCUGUUCGGCUUCUUGGCUGUUGUACAUGCGUUGAGUAGUUCGGGGAACCGUCUACUGGUUGUCUUAGAGGAUGAGGCUGAGAAGGAUUCUUAUUCUACGUUCUGGGGAGAUCUGGAAGCUCGGGGAUAUAACCUCGCUUUCGAAUCGCCUAAGAGCGACAAGCUUUCCUUGUUUCAGCUCGGAGAGAGAGCUUACGACCAUGUCCUCCUCCUUCCUCCUCGGUCGAAAGGCUUUGGGCCUUCUUUGAGCCCCAAGACCCUCAUCGAAUUCAUGAACAAAGACGGCAACGUCCUUCUCGCCCUUUCCGGAACGUCCACCACUCCCAGCGCUAUCAGCUCGCUCCUGUUGGAACUUGACCUUCAUCUGUCUACCGACCGGUCUUCUGUUGUCGUUGAUCACUUCAACUAUGAUACUCUCUCUGCGGAUGAAAAGCAUGAUGUCCUCCUCCUCCAGCGCCCCGGCCAGUUGAGACCUGAUACCAAGGCAUUCUUCGACGGCGAGGGCGUUCUGGCUUUCCCAAGGACCGCCCCUCACACUCUGGGCGACUCCAACCCACUUCUUGCUCCCAUUCUGCGCGCCCCCGCAACUGCUUACAGCUACAACCCCAAGGAGGAUGUAGGCUCGGUUGAGGAUGUUGCGGCUUCGGGUUCCCAGCUGGCUCUUGUUUCGGCCAUGCAAGCCCGGAAUUCUGCCCGUUUCACUCUUCUGGGCUCCGUUGAGAGUCUCCAGGACAAGUGGUUCUCCGCCACUGUCAAAGCUCCUAGUGACGGAAAGGAAUCUGAGACUGCUAACCGUGAGUUUGCCAAACAACUGACCGCCUGGACCUUCAAGGAGACUGGAGUCCUCAAGGUUGGCAAGAUUGAGCAUCAUCUGGCCCAGAAUGGUGAAUUGAACCCUAAGAUCUACCGGAUCAAGAACGAGACAGUCUUCAGCAUUGAGGUUUCCGAGUACAGCUACGACAAGUAUGUUCCUUUCGAGGUCCCCGAGAAUGACGCCCUUCAACUCGAGUUCACCAUGCUGUCCCCCUUCCAUCGCCUUGACCUCCAGCCUUCCGGCAAGACAGAGAACAGCACCAUCUACAGCACCAAGUUCAUCGUUCCUGACCAACACGGUAUCUUCUCCUUCCGUGUUAACUACAAGCGUCCCUUCCUCACCAACAUCGAGGAGAAGCACGAGGUGACUGUCCGCCACUAUGCCCACAACGAGUAUCCUCGCAGCUGGAAGAUCAGCGGAGGAUGGGUCUGGAUCGCUGGCCUCUGGUCUGUUAUCGGCGGUUUCCUGGCCUUCGUCAUCGUGUGGCUCUACUCUGCGCCCACAUCUACUGCUUCGACGACGAAGAAAACGCAGUGAAUAAUGUAUUGUAUCCAUCGAUGAUCGCUUGAAUGAAUUGUCGUUACAUGAUUGUUAGACUGUAUAUAUGUUUUUUUUUUUCUUUACAUGCCGUAGAAUUCUACACCAGAAACAGAUCGUGUCCUUGUUGCACUUUUUAACUUCCUAAGUGGUUAAGGUUAAGACAGUUUCCAGGCCACUCUG